CUCAUCUACAAAGCUAGUUACGACGGCAAGAUAAAAGACUGGUCGCCCGACAUCAAGCUGCAAGGUCCGCUAGGACUUGGCGGUCUUCGACACAGCUUUUGCGUCAAGAUGAACAAGGCGGUGGGCCGCGAGUGGCCUGCCGGAGAAUACUGCAUCUACCAGAUCGGAGAGGCGUGUCCUGUCGGCUUCCGAAGCGGCUCCAUGCAGAUGAUCGACAGACGAGUAGACAAUCGCAACGACGUCGGCGGUCACGUCCCGACGGGAAAAUACGACGAGAACACGCAGUUUCGCUUCUGCUGCCGCAGCGACGGCAUCGUGCACGUGGCCAUUGAGCUGCCGACGGCUCGGCCGUUCUAUCUGUUUCGUCACGGCAAGGAAUGUCAGAUCGUGCGCGACAUGAUCUCUAUCAAGCACUUCGUGCGCAUCGCCGAAGACAAGCUGAAUAGGACGGACGAGUACCUGCGAGCGCUUCUCAAGGAGCCGCAUCCAUCCGUCGAUCUGAAAACGUUCGAAGGCGACCUUUUGAUACACUACUGCUACUACGAGAUCCACCAGAAGUUGCUGGGCUUUCGCGUGUUAGUGGAUGGAAACGGACUCGUCGAUCAGCGGUCGCCGGAUUACUACGACAACGGAUUGCCGUAUUUCAAAGAGGGGAAGUUCACGCAGAGCUACACCUGUUUUGAGUACCAUGUGACGCAGCCGCUCUUCCAGACUCUGAGACGUAAUUGCACGCAGCCGCUUAUUGGACAGUUUGUCACUAUUUAUAUCUAUGGUAGAGACGACCUGCUAAAACUCUGCGACGUCAAAGUGUAUGGAAAACAAUUAUGUGGGCAGCCACUGGGUAUGGCUGCCGAAGAGAUCUACGACUCUCAGUUGCAAGCAUCUUCUAAUUCGACGCCGGACCGGUAUUACAUCAAUGCACGCCUGAAUCGCAACUACGCUUGGUGCGCCGAGGCCAACGAUAGCAAGCGAUAUCUACAGGUUGAUCUACUGAACGCCACCACUAUCACGGGCAUCAUCAUGCAAGGCAUGCCACUGGCUUCAAAAAACAUUCUUGUCACAAAGUUCAUGAUGGGCUUCAGCAAUGACAGCCUCAGAUGGAUAUACGAAGAACAGCCUGUAGGACAGAAAAAGGUGUAUGAGUGCAGUGCGUGUAUGGUUGUGGACAAGAAAGAGGAUGGUGACAUCAUCCUCAACGAUGUUCCCUAUCGCUACAAUAUGCUGCAGCCAAUCGUCAGUCGUUACGUCAUUAUAAAGAUUCUCGACUUUGAAGAGCGGCCGUGCAUGCGUGUCGAACUUCUAGGUUGUCGAGCAGAUGAACGUUGCCAGGUUCAUCUAAAUACGGAAGGCUCAAUAAAAUCACCCAGCUACCCUCUGUAUUAUGGACAGCAGAAAAAUUGCACUUGGAUCAUCACGCCUCCCACGGGGAAAAACGUAGAAGCGGAAAUCGUAACAUUUGACAUAGCUACACCGGAACCUGUGCAGAAGGGCGGACUCUGCCAGGAUCUUCUAUCUGUGUACUACGGCUCUUCCUCGCUUCCGAUGGCGCAACUAGUCAGAUCGGGAAACGGAAUCAGUUUUCCGAAGAAAUUUGUAUCCACUGGAGUAUUAACAGUUCAGCUAGAGUCCUGCUUCAGAUACAGCAUCAGCAGAUUUCAAGGCUUCUAUCUCAACUAUACCUUUACGGACUGCCCUGGCUGUGGUAUGGGAUUUCAAUCGUGUGGAAACGGUUUGAGAUGUACCUUUGACUGUGGAGUCAUUGCCUCAAUCAAUUAUCCUCUACCUUACGACAACAACUAUCGUUGUCGCUGGCAUAUCGACGUCAGCGAGAGUCGCUAUGUGCGGCUAGAAAUCAAGGAGUUUGACGUCGUUGGAGAAGACGGCUGCUUGACGGACUACGUGGAACUGUACGACGGCAGGACCGUCAAUCGGGAUGCUUUGAUUGGCCGCUUCUGCAACCAUAACAAGCCUCCAAAUGUUGUCAUGUCCAGCUGGAAUUCUCUCACGAUCGAGUUUUCGACCAGCUCCGAGGAUGUCGCCAGAGGCUUCCUAUUUCGAUACACAUCGGAGGAAUACAAAUGCGAGGCGCCGCCUUCGAAGCUAAGUUCAAACUAUUAG